UAUUUUCCUUCAUCGUGACAAAACUUUAAUGCCCCAAAAGCCAGCAGCAUGGAGUGCAUGGAAUUUUCUCGGAAGUACAGACAACAAAGCAUGCUUAACAUACUGGCUCAAUGUGCUUCAGAACCUUGGUGACACAAGUCUCCCAUUUCUUGUGACUCUCAAUCCAGAACGUCCACCAGACCAUACCUUGCUUAAGUGGACAACUGGCCAUCCAGUCCCAUCUGUUGCUGCGACAAAAGCGUCGCUCGAGCUUCAUAACAUUCAAGGCAAGAGAGGAAUUUGGUUUUGUGGAGCAUACCAGGGUUAUGGAUUCCAUGAGGAUGGAUUAAAGGCUGGAACGGAGGCUGCAUAUGGCAUGAUUGGAAAAAGUUGUGACCUUCUUAGCAAUCCGAAACACAUGGUUCCUUCACUGAUAGAAACAGGAGCACGCCUUUUCGCCUCUAGAUUUCUUCAAAAUUUCAUCUCUGCUGGCAGUUUAAUCUUAUUGGAGGAAGGAGGAACAAUGUUCAGUUUUGAAGGAAGCACAAGAAAGUGUCCUUAUAAAACUGUUAUCAAGGUUGACAGUCCACAGUUUUACUGGAAGGUCACAACACAGGCAGAUUUAGGCCUUGCAGAUGCAUAUAUCAAUGGAGAUUGCACUUUUGUUGAUAAAGAUGAAGGUCUUCUUAAUCUCUUUCUG